AUGCUCACGUACUUCAUCGUCUCCAUUCUACACAACUUAGGAGCACAGAGUACUCCCAUCCCAUACGAUGUACCUUUCGCAGAAAAUCACAGAUCUAAUAAUGCUUGCCAUCUGCCAUUGAGGCCAACAUCAUCUCACAAGUCAAUACCUCCUCAUGGCCGAGAAAAUUUCGCUCAGCUCAUUGAUCAUACCGACCCGGGGUUAGGGCUUUUCUCCCAGGCGUACCUGUGGAAUAGUAGUUUCUGGAGACCCGGCGCACCUAUCGUUGUUUUCCUACCCGGGGAGUCUCCUAUCGACAAGUAUGGGAUCAUUACCCAGGCCGAAUUCUCAACGGUAGGCGUCAUUGCCGAAAACCUUGGUGCUGCGACUAUCAUCCUCGAGCAUCGCUAUUUCGGCUCAAGCUUUCCAUACAGCAACCUUACCAAGGUCAAUUUGCAGUACUUAACUGUCGACAAUGCACUGAAGGACGUGGUACGGUUUGCUCAGAACUUCAUCGCUCCGUGGACUAACGACCCGAGCACUGCAGAGGACGUGCCUUGGAUUCUAAUUGGUGGAAGCUAUUCAGCAGCACAGACUGGCUGGAUCGCGAACAUUUUUCCAGGCACGUUCUGGGCAUACCUUUCGGCUUCGCCUAUUCUUCAGGCAAUUCCCUCUUACUGGGCUUACUUUUUGCCUCUAAUAGAGCAUGGACCAAAGAGCUGUAUAAGAUUGUUGAGCAGCGUCACCCGAUUUAUAGACGAUGUCAUCUCAGCCGGGGACGAUGAGAGUCUGCAGGCAAUCAAGACACUCUUUGGACUUGCUGAGAUGAAGACGCCAGACUUUAUAUACAGUCUAAGCUUGCACUGGGGCGACUGGGAAAGCAUUGAUAUUGGUCAGAAUCACACGACAAUCGAGACCUACUGCGCUUGGAUUGAAGGCUUGGACUACGAACAGGAACUGGAGGACAUAUACGAGCAACUCGGUAAAUCACUAGAAGCCCGGGCAGACUGGGCUACAUCGUCAGAGCAAACCGUUCGGGCUCUUCAGACUUACUCUGCAGGAUUUCGAAAACAUAUUGCCCCUAGUUUGUGUAUCGACGGAACAUGUUUGGACGACAAAUACUUCCGACUUAGCGACCCUCCCGAAUCUGGCCAGAUGUAUGAAUGGCUUCUAUGCAACGACAUGAUGGGUGGAUAUGUCACUGGGCCACCUGUAGGGGCUUUAUUAACUCCGGUGGUGAGUCGCUUCCUAACCUACAACUACUUUGAGACGAGAUGCACGAUAGUCCAUCCGCUAGAGCCGAAUGAAGAGCCCGAAGAUACAGCAUCAGGCCAUCGUACCGCCAAAGCAUUCAAUACAUAUACUGGUGGUUGGUCUCCGACGAAUGCACGGCGCAUUAUCUACAGUGCCGGGGAGAUGGACGUAUGGCGAGAGAUGUCCGUCUCGGCUAAACGACGCCCUGGUGGGCCGCUGCAGAGCGACCCUGAAUUGGAUGUUGUUGUGCACUUGAUCAAAAAAGGUUGGCAUCAUAGUGAGAUGUAUACUCGUAACGCAGAAUUGGACGACGAAGUUCGGCGUGUGCGUGACCAAGAAGUAGAGCAGAUAUGUUACUGGACACAACAAUGGCCAGGAUAUCGUUAG